GCUGUUUGUAAACUGUUUGUAUCAAGACUUAAUAAAAAUGUUUCGUUUAAUAACUUUGAUUCUCUACUUUAGUUAUUUGUGCCAAGAAGGAGAAUCGUGUUGUGCAGAAAAUCCUAAAAUCCGAUAUUUUUUGGGAGGUAGAAAGGUAAAUUGGACUGCUGCAAUUAAAUCUUGUCAAGAUGUUGGUAUGUCUUUAGUAAGUAUUCAGUAUAAACAAAAGAGUGACCAAAUUACGCAGUUUCUUGAAUCAACAGGUGUGAACUACGACAGUUAUGAAAACGCUAUUUGGACUUCAGGGAAUAGGCUGCAAGACAAAGUCAACUGGUUUUGGUUGGCUAGAGAACCUGUGAAGUUUACGAAUUGGGACACUCAGAACAAAGAACCCAAUAAUUCUGGGGGAAACGAAGAAUGUAUAAGCAUUUACAAAAACGGAGCUGUCACUGUGUGGAAUGACAUUGCCUGUAAUCGAGAGUAUUAUCCAUUGUGUGAGAAAAACAUGUGUUGUCCUGCGACAAAUACCGCUCUAAAUUAAUAAGUUUUAAAGUGAGUGUGUAUCGUAACUUUUAAGUAUAUAAUAUGUACCAAUACAUGUUAAACUAAUGUUAAUACAA